CGCCUUCCGAUGACGGCCAACCGCGAGCACUCGCCGCUGCUGGCCGCCCCGAGCCAGGCGCCGACCGCCCCAAGCCUAGCACCGGCGACAGGCCCGACCCGGCAGGUCUCGCUCGGCGCGAAGCAGCGGCCCGUCCAGGAGGUCCAUCCGCUGCCGUGGUUCCGUAGCCCCGAGCUCUCGAUGAACAAGGAGAAGGCGCGGCUGCAUCUGAAGCGCAAGCAGCAGGCGCUCAAGGCGCCCGAGCGCUGGUCGUGCGGCCGCUACUUUGGCUCGCUCGGCAGUGGCGAGAAGUGCGUCCACCUCCUCGUGCUCGUCAUACUGAUCUUUACGAUCGUGGUCAUUCUCUCCAUCUUGUUUGCGCCCGACGCCAGUACCGUGCCGCCGCCCCGCGCGCUGCGAUGGGACGAAUGAAGGCGACGGAGCGCGCGACGACGGUCUAGUCGUACGUUGUCUGGCGUAUAUAUAUAUCGUAUGCAGUACAUGAUGGUCCAUGCGCUCGCGGCCAAUCGCCCGCCCCACGCCACCCCGGCCAGGCGACCAGACGUCAUCUGUGUAGCAGUGGACGGAGCUAGUGGUAACUCGCAACACGGUCAUCUUCAGGGUCA